AUGCAAAAGGCGUUAACGAGCCGCGCUGUAAUCGAAUGGACCGUCUCGUGCCUCCUGAAGUUGAAGCCGCCGCUGCGCACCACAGUCCAGGAUAAUCCUGCUGCUCAGGACCCCCGACCGGCCUUCCUCGCCUCGGCCCUGCGACUAUGGCAGCUCCUCCAGCUGCUGCUAGAAGGAGACCCACGGGUCGGUCUCGCGGGUGGCGCUGGUGGCGCUGGUAGGGGUGCUGGUGCCGUAAAUGGAAGGAACGGCGCGGCAGUGCUGUCGCUAGCGGGUGCUCCCGGGGGCAGCGUCCCAGGAUCCCUCUUGGCAAGCGCCGCGGCGUGCAUCCGCCUGGCUUUCGCUCUGCCGGCUCCUCAGUCGCUGGCACCCACUCCGAAGGCGACUGCGGCGGUGGUGGUGGUGACAGACAGAGAGACAGGAGCUGGCACUCAAACUGGGGAGGCCUCCGCGGGUGAUGCCGGUUUGAUGGUGGCACCGGCGGCAUCCCGGGGCCCAUUGGCGGGGGAGCUGUGUCGCACGAUACACCGUUGCCUUCGGGUGCUACUGCUGCCGGCGGCGACGGCAGCUGGCGGCGGACGCGGCGGCGGCGGCGUGAUGCGGCCGUCUCUGGAGCAGUGCAUGGCGCUGCUAACGGCGCUGCUGGAUGUACGGCCGUGGCGCGACGGCGCCGGAGCCGCUGGCAACACUGCAGCCGCCAACGCCGGGGAGGCAAACGCAGAUGCAGAGAAGCAGCGCGGCGACAGAAGACACAGGCCCGUCUCCCAUAAUGGUUUCGGAGUGGGCCCGCUUGUGCGGCGCUGUGGUGCAAGCGACCCAUGGGCGGCGGCGGCGAUGACGGAGCUUGGCCGCGCGGCGCAGCAGCUUCUGGCUUCCGUACUGUUUCAGGAGGCCCACGUGGGCGCACUGGCGGAGCUGUUCUCCGUACUGUUGACUACUGCCGCGGCUGAGGCAAACGUCGAACCCAGCCGGCCGGUCGGUGCUGCUACUGCCGCCGCGGUCGCCGCCGCCGGCCCUGGUACGACGGCGGAGGCGGCGGCCGCGGCCGCGGCGGCUUCCUCGCCCGAAGAGGCGGCGGCGGCAGUAGCAGCGGCGGUGGGAGCUUCAGGCGGUGAGGCCGGGGGGCUGAAGGUGUCGCCGUCGACGUCACCGUCACCGUCGCUGCUACUGCCGCUGGACUUUUGGGACGUGGCGGGUCGCAGCUACCACGGGCAGCUGCUACAGGUCCUCGCGAAGGCUGUAGCUGGCUGUAGCAGCAGCGCCAGCGUCGGGUUGGACCGAAGCCGUGGUGGCAACGGCCUCGCUGGCGGAAGGACGAGGGAUGCCGUACUGAUGUUGGGGUUGCCGUGGCUGUUGAGGGCGUUCUGUAACGCUAUCGGUCGUCUUCGGCGAACCGUCGCAUUCGAUGCCGCAGCGGCGGCGGCGGUGACAGGAUCUGGCGGCGGCGGUGGCAGCAAAGGCAAGCGCACUGACAAUGCCGCCGCGACGGCAAAUGGUCCCGGAGCCGUUGAGGACGGUACAUCUAUCGUUACGGCGCCGUCGUAUAAAGCCCUGAUGGCGGCAGAGUUCAACUGCAUGGCGGUCCUGUCGUACAUGCUGCUACAGCCGCCGCCGUCGACCCCAUCAGCGGCUGACGGCAGCAGCUCAGCCGACAUCGCAACGGGGCACCUGGCCAAGAAGCGCAAGAUCGCGGCCACCGGGACGGCCGUAACGGCUACAGCGGCGGCGCCGCCGCCGCUGCCAGCGAUGCCGUACGGCACCGUUACCGGAGGGGCUCCAUGGCGACGGCUGGCCCUGGCCGGUCUUCUGUCUGCUGGCCGGGUACCGCACCAAAACCCCCAUGAUGGUGUGAUGAGCUCUGCUCCCGCCGCCACCCUCCGCACCGCCCAAAAGCCUCCCGGGGCCGCCGGCGCGUAUCAGCCCACGCGAGACCUUACCGGAGCACAUUGUGCCGUACUGGCGGUCGUUGCGGGGCGCUUACUGGCGGCGGACGAAGGAUCGCUGACGGCGGCGGCGCCGCCGCCACGGCUGCGGCGGCCUGUUGUGGAACCUGUUGAGGAUACUAGGACGCCCAAAGCAAAGCGGAAAGCAGCACGGGCAGCUGCGGCGGCUGUUGUUGACGGCGGUGAAGCUGUGGAGGACGGUUGCGGCCGUGUGCCGUACGGAUCGUUGGGCUCCAUGAGCACCUCCCUGGCGUUGUGUGCCGUACUGGAUCUGGAUCACAGUGUUCAGUGGUUUCCUCGUAAGCGUCGUCGUGCCAUUCGCACCCUCCGGGCGUUUUCGGAGCUUCGUCAGUUGCAAUCGUUGUUGGAGUCUCUAGGCGCCGCGAUGCGGCGCAUGUGCGGCAGCGGCAGCGGUGAGGACAGCGGUCACCACAGCACCGCUGGCGGUGCUGGCGACGGCGCCGCAGUGGCGGCGGCGCUGCUUGUACGGCCGGAGGUGCUGGCGGAAAUCCGCCAGGCCAUAGCUUCUGUUCCCUCAGGUCAAGUCCCGGCGAUGAUCGACUGGGUUACGGCUGACCUGCAAGCCUGGUGUGGUGGGGUUGAGGUACGGAUGCGUGUAUCGGACUCCGCGUCGGCAGCGGCGGCGGCGGAUCUAUUCCUCGCCACCGGCGCACUGUACGACACCCUACUUUCGGCGUUGCGACUGGACCUGGCAACGGCCAUGCCAGUGGCGAAGGCGAAUGUACGGCUGCUGACGGCGCUGUCGCCGCCGCUGCUGUCCUCGAUGCGGCAGUACUGCAAGUCGCUUCGCGCUGCGGCGUCAGCGGCGGCCGACGGCGAAGCCGAGGACGCCACGACGGUGGCGGCGGCGGCGGCGGCGGUGGCCACACUGCGGCUCCACACGGCCCGGCUUGCUAUGCUCCUGCGUGUGUACGGCGCUGUCGUACGGACGAAUUCCGUUUGCGCGGGGCUUCACCCCGAGGUCCCGGCGCUGCCUGAUCAGGACAUAUCGCCCUGGUCCCGACGGGAACAUCAGCAGCAGCAGCAGCGACAUCAGACGGUGUCGUACAAGUCCCGACAUAGUCCACCGGGCGGUUACUUCGCGCCGGCGCUGACGUACGCGGUACGAGCUGCCAGUGCAGCGGCGGCGGACGGCGGUAUUACCGCAACCAGCGACGUCGACGGCGGUGUUGACUCCGAGCUCCGCCGCCUCCGUAAGGCCCUCAAAAACGCCGGCGCCACCCAGCCGUACGGCACGGGCCCGCUGCCGGGUCUGGCGCAGCUGGCGCUGGCGGAGGGCGGGGCCGCCGCCGGCGGGCAGGGAGGACACGGUACGGCGGGUUCCGGAGCGGCGGCGGCAGCGGCGGCGGCUACUGCCGGCGCUGGUUGGGCGGCGGUGGAGCUAUCCAAGGCUAUUCAUAGGUGCCUAGGCCACCGUCUGCAGGUGCUUCACGAGCGCCUGCUGCGGCGCCGCCACGACUGCCCGCACAUGUACGGCAGAGCCUCUGCGCAAGGCCUUGGGGACGGCGGCGGCAAAUCAAGGGUGGAUGCAGCAGCUGCGCGACGAAAGUCCGCUGGCGGUGAAGGGCCGGCCAGUCAGGCGGCGGGGCCCCCAGUCGACGGGCUGGUUAAGGGUGCAGCGACGGCAGAAAGGGCCGAGGAAGAAGAGGGGUUGGAUGAGGAGGAGGAGGAGGAGGAGGAACAAGAGGUGCGUUUGCUGGCAAAUCUGAUGCUAACGCCACUUUCAACCAAAGCUGCUACGGCGGCUGGUUGUAUUGCUGGCGGCGGCGGCCGCUCGGCAGCGGCGGCGGCAAGUACGGCGGCGAGGCAAGUCUGCCGAGGAGGCAACGCCGUCGCCUAUGCUUUUUCGGCGCCACUUGCGGGUGCCGCCUGGCGCGAUGUCCUUGCACUCAUGGGAAGCAUCGCGCCAUGGGCGGAGCGUACGGCACUGACGGAGGUGCUGCAGAUGGCGCUGACGGCGGCGUGCCAGGGCUGUGUGGCUAGCGGCGGCGACGGGGACGGCGUCGUGUUGCGACAGCUGCAGCCAAGUAUUGCCGCCAGCUUGUGCCUGUUGGAAUUCCAAAGUUUGCCUGGGGUACGGCAGGCGCUGCCGUACGCCUGGAUGGCGACGGCGGCUAGUGCGCUGUGCGCCAUGGCGACGGAAGUACGGCAGGCUGUCGCCGCCGCGGCGAUGGCUGUCUCGGACGCCACCUCGUUUGGUGACGGUGACGGCUCAGAGAAAAGAAAGCGCAGUGCUAAGAAAGCUGCCAGGAAAAAGGCCGGAGCAGGAGCAGGGGUGGAGGAGAGAGAGGCUGCCGCCGCGUAUGUUGCGGCGCGCCUCGAUGCGUUGCUUGCCGCCGCCGCCGCCGCGGCGUCGUCGGCGGCGGCGGUCCAACCGACGGGGUGCGAUGCCGGUGAUGGCGACGACGACGAUGAUACUGCCGGGAACGAAUGCGGCGACGGCAACAGGGUGUCAUCAUCCUCGAAAGUGCUGGCACGGCUCUUGACACAGCAAGCUAAAUCUUUGAAUGAUGAUGAUGAUGAUUACGUUUGGAGGAGCUUAGCGAACUGGAGCCGUGACGACGUCGGCGCCGUAUCGGAAGGUAUUAUUCCGGCAGGCGCUGACGGCGCUACUGCUGACGGCUUCGACGCGGUGGCGUCGGCGCUGCGCUCCCUCUUGGCAUUCUUGUGCGACAAGUUUUACCUCGAGCUGGUUCCGCGCAAGGCCCGAGAGGCAAUGGUACGGCAGGUGACGGCGGCGACAGCUGCCGCAGUGGACAUGCUCCUUUUGCUGCACCGGCAGCCGCCAGCUGAGCAGCAGCAGCAGCAGCAGCAGCAAUCCCGAAGGCAUAACCGUGGCAUGCUUCAGCGGGUACGUUGCGAGGUGCUGAGGACGGUGUUGGCCUGCCUGCGUGCCUGGCAACGUCUCAGCGUUGCGUACGGCAGCGAUGGCGGCGGCGGCGGCGCCUUCUGUGGUUUGGCGCUCAGUGGCGGCGAGGAUGGCGGCGAGGAUGAGGAGGACGAGGAGGAGGAGGAGGACGUCGAUGACAGCAGCGCUGUGGCGGCGGAGGACCUCUACAUCCCCCCGCGGGUCGUUUGGCUGGUGCGGGUGUGUCGACUGCUGGUCGCGGAGGCGGAGGCGCUCGACGGCGUCAUCGCCGCUGACCCUGCCGCUGUCCUGCUCCCCGCGCUGAAAAUGGAGGUAGUGUACGACAGCGGAAGAUUACUAACGGCGCUGUUGACGGCGCGCGACGACGGGUCGUCCUCCCUCCCGAAAUCCGACGAUGCGCCGCCGACGGGCCGGACGGCACAGGUCGUCGCGCGCCUCAGGCUUGCGGAUCAGCUAUUACGGCAAGCCGAAUGUACACCCGCCGCUACAUCUGGCGGCAGCAGCAGCACCAGCGUGCCGCUCCUCUGCAGGCUAAGCCUCGCAGCUGCAGAAGCGGCAGCUGUGAUUGCAGCAGCCUGCAAGGCGGGCGGCAGUAGCAGCAGUGCCGGCGCUGAUGGCGGUAGCGGCGGCUGUAGCAGCACCGCAGCAUCAGCUCCGAUGCCGGCUGCCGGCGCUGCAGCAGGAGGAGGGGUUUCGUGCCAGGAAGGAGCGACAGCCACCCGCGCUGGCUACCGCGGCGGCGGCGGCGGCGGGAACAUGCAAAUACCUGUGGAUGCUGGAUUGCUGCCGGAGCUCCUGCUGAGAGCUAGUCGCUGGGUUGCGGCGGAGCGGCGUCUGUACGGCACAUCCUCCGUCGGGUCCGUCGGGACGAGCAGAAGCGAUGGAGCCGCCAUUGCUGCGGAACCGCUGGAACACUGCGUGGCGUUGAUGUACGGCAUCGCCACGUGGCUGCCGGCGUUAGGCCGCGGCGGCCGCCGUCGAGGUGUCGGCGCCGGUAGCGCCACCGCCGCCGCCGCCAGCAAUGACAUGUCGCACGCUGGCGCGUCGCUGUCCGAUGAGUUGCUGGCUCUGUUGGUUGCCGUACAGCAGGCUUUAUUGGCAUGUACGGCACCUCCAGAACGUUUUUGCUACGCGAGGUGGGUGCCGCAUACCACUGCCGAAGCUCCCUGCUUGGCUGCUUCAGGCCCGCGGGUCGCAAAGCUGCUGGCGGCGCACGGCCCCAGCGUGGCGUUGACGUUGACAGAGCUGCUGGCGGCGGUGGCGGCGCGUGUCGCCACCGCUGCUGACUCGUUGGGUUGCCAUGGCAAGGGCAACGGCAAGAGCGGUACUCCUUCGACUCGGGCGACGGUGGAGGUGGUGUUGUGUUGUGCGAUUCGAUGCCUCAAGUCGAUUGCGGCGCGCGAGGUGACGUUUCAGCUGGCGCCGCCGGCGGUGACGGGGAUGCUGUCGGCUACCCUAGCCGUGACGUCGUGUCCGCUACUGCGGCCGCAGCCGCUACUGCCGACGGCAGCGGCGGCGGCGGCGGCUGAUGCGCAAGUUGGGGCAUCCCGUGGCGCAGGGUUCGGCAAUGGCGGCGGUGGUACGGGAUCGGACCUGUACUUCCUGCACGCCGCUUGCUGCGGCCAUUUUGCCGCCUUAGUACGGCAUCAUGAGAAUGCCGUACGGCAUUGUGCGGCGCUGCUAGUGGUCGGCUGUCGUGAAUUGCUGUUGCGGCUGGCGUCUUGGGCAUCCGAGCUGCGGCUUGCUCAGCGGCAGAUACAGCUACGCGCGUCGGCAGCGUCGGCGUCGGCUGUAGCCGCCGCCGUCGACGGCCUGGAGCGUUGCGCCGUGGCGCUGGCGAGCGUGUACGAGGCGGUUUCGGAGCACCCUAAGACCCUGGGUAAGUACGCGCCACACUUCUUGGCCGAUUACGUAGUCCACGCAGCGACGCCAUUGCCCUCCCUGGCGUUGCUAAUGCACGCCGACGACAGCAGCGACCCAUGGGUCAUCCCGGACGCGACGACGGCUCUCACUGACGCCGUCGGCGGCAGCGGCGGCGCGGACCACGUCCACUAUGGCUUGGUCAACGCUGGCGGCGGUAGUACAGGCGUGGGGCCCACGCUGCUGCCCCAGCCGGCGCAUGAAGCCCUGCGACAAGGUGCGGCGCGUCGGGCGGCGCUGGCGCAGCUUCGCAAGGAGUACGACAGCUCGUACAAGUACAGCGGCAAGGUCUGA